AUGGAUUCAUAUGGUUCCAUGAAUCCAUAUACUAACUCUCCUGGCUUCAUGGAUCUCCUACAUAGUCAAGGAGAAACCCACAGUCUGGACUCCAAUCCAUACGACAAUGUUUCACCAAGUAUUGAGGUUGGUGCAUCACAAGUCCCUAUUGUUAGUAGCCAAUACGCUGGUGCUUCAAGUCAAGGUGAAAUGACACAACCCGAGCGUAGAUCAAGAAUUACAUGGACCCCAGCAGAUGAUGUUCUGCUCAUCAGUGCAUGGCUUAACACAAGCAAGGAUCCAGUAAUUUCAAAUCAGCAAAAGCGUGGAACCUUUUGGUCACGGAUUGCAAAGUAUUAUGCAGUAAGUCUGAAGGCUGCAGGUCGACCACAUAGAGCAGCAAGUCAUUGUAAGCAGAGGUGGGGGAAGAUAAAUGAUAUAGUUUGCAAGUUUGUUGGAUGCUAUGAGGCUGCCACAAAGCAGAAAUCAAGUGGACAAAAUGAGGAUGAUGUUCUGAAGCUGGCAUAUGAAAUCUACUUCAAUGACCACAAGAAAUGGUGUGCUUCUUCAUCUACUAAACCCGCUGGAACCCCAAAAAGAAGAAAAUGCCAAGAUGGUUAUGCACAGUCCUCAAGCUCGAUGCCACAAGACCAUGGAGCCGAUGAAUGUAUGACUCGACCCCCUGGUGUUAAGGCGUCGAAGGGAAAAUCCAAAAAGAAUGUUGAGUCGACCGUUGAGGGAGAAGGGAAGGCUUUCUUAGAGUUUCAGGUCAGCAAAGUUCAGAGGAUGCUUGAGCUAAAGCAACAAGACUAUGCUUUGAAAGAGAAGGAUUUUGCUUUAAAAGAGAAGCAUAGCAAGCAUGUCAUGCUUGAAAACCUUCUUACAAAAAAGGAACAACUUAGUGAAGCAGAAGUUGCUUUAAAAGACAAGCUUAUUAAUGACAUGUUGUCAAGGAAUUCAGUUUGA